CCCCGCGCAGGUCCCGACUCCAGCCGCACCUCCUCGGGCUCUGCAGUGGCGGCGGGGCGGCGAGCGGAGCUCCAGCCAGCGGGCCGGGGCUGCAGCCGAGCGGGGCCGGGGCAGCAGCGGGGACCCUUGGAGGCGGGGCCCCAGGGACCGCGAUGGGCGUGGAGAUCGAGACCAUCUCCCCGGGAGACGGAAGGACAUUCCCCAAGAAGGGCCAGACGUGUGUGGUGCACUACACAGGAAUGCUCCAAAACGGGAAGAAGUUCGAUUCAUCCAGAGACAGGAACAAGCCUUUCAAGUUCAGGAUUGGCAAACAGGAAGUCAUCAAGGGGUUUGAAGAGGGCGCGGCUCAGAUGAGCUUGGGGCAGAGGGCGAAGCUGACCUGCACCCCUGAUGUGGCGUACGGAGCCACGGGCCACCCCGGUGUCAUCCCUCCCAAUGCCACCCUCAUCUUUGACGUGGAGCUGCUCAACUUAGAGUGAAGGCGGGAAGGACCUCACUGUUCGCACUGCGCUGUGCAUAGCUGACGCUGCUGCUCUGCUGGCCCUCCUAGCGGGCUCGGCCACUGGGACGGCUCCUUCUGCUGGGGGCUCUUGAUCAGUGCCCGCGGUGUCCAUUCUCUCUGCCCAAGUUGCUCUGUAUGUGUUCAUGGUCACUGUUCACGCGCACCUUUGCUUGAGGAAGCUUCGGUUGCACACGGGAGCAUUUCGGGUUGUGCAUUUUGCGUGAUGCAUGUUGCAGCCAUUCCUGAUCAGUCGCAGGUUUCUUGUUUGCACAAUCUCUACUGCCUUACUUUUCCUUAAGCCAGACACACAGGUGCUCAGACAGGAAACGUACAUGGUGUACACCGAGGGACUCGAGCCAGUUACCUUUGCUGUCAGUUUUUCUCUUAGAACUCUUGUUGGCUUCUGACUUACAUAAUGUUCUACUUGGAAAUGAUGUGUAAAAUAAAGGCUCUGUGCUCACCAA